AUGAAGUCCUUACUGUUCACCCUUGCAGUUUUUAUGCUCCUGGCCCAAUUGGUCUCAGGUAACUGGUUUAUGAAAAAGUGUGCAAACAAAGCUGGACUUUGCAAGAAGAAGUGCAAACCCGGAGAGGUGUAUGCAAAGCCUGCUUGGGUGACGUGCGGCAAAGAAAGUUGUGCUGUGUUCCAGGUAAAACACGUUCUGGUCACCCCUCUGUCCGUGUGGAGAAAAAGACUACGAGACGUUCAACAGCAGCAACAAGAAGAAGUUUGAUGAUGAAUAAGACUUUGAUGUCUUCGAUGACUCCGGUGACUAGGACGGCUGCUUCCCGUGUUUCUGCCGCCAGUUGAACAU